AUGGGUGAUUACGCAAUCAACGUUGGAGUGCUACAGUAUGCUAGGAAAAUGUCCGAAUGCGGUAAUAACGUGUAUUUUUACUGUUUCGACUAUUUCAACCCGGACGGAUUCGGCUUUUUGAGGUUUAUGUUGCCAUAUAAAGGUUCUACUCACUGCUCUGAACUGCGAUAUGUUCUUGGAAAGGGGAUAUUCUCAAAGUUCAAGCCGAAUCACGAAGAUCUGAAAAUGCUCGAUAUCAUGACCGCAUACUUCACUAAUUUUGCCAAAUACGGGAAUCCUAACGGUGAUCAAUCUUCCUCUGAAAACGGAUCACUAUGGGAGCUUUACGAUCCUACACAACCAUAUCGUCAUUUACAUAUCCAAUUACCGACACCUGUGAUGGCUGAUGACUAUCAGAAGAGACGCAUGGAGCUAUGGGACAAAAUUUUGCAGAAAAAUCGGUCUAGAGCCAGGCUCUAA